AUGCCGUCAUUGCAGAUGGGGAAACUGAGGCACGGGGCUGAGCUGGCUCCGGGCUCCCCAGCAGUGCCCAGACCCCAAGCUGGGUACUCCGUGCCCGGUGCCAGCUGCGCUCUCCACCGGCUGAAGGUGGAGCAGGCCUGCCACCAGCACAAGGAGAUGCUGGACGACGCUACCUUCGGCCUCGAGGGCUGCGAGGAAGACUCGGACCUGCUCUGCAACAUCCCCCCCAAGGCUGCCUUCCUGCUCUCCAUGCCACUCAAGCACAUCGGCGUCACCCGCAUGAACAUCAACUCCCGGCGGUUCUCCCUCUGCUAA